ACGUGCUUCAAUACGGAAGCACGUUAUGUUGUUGCACUUGAAAGUUACUUAAACAUGCAGUUAGUGGAAAGAAACAAAAGAAAUAAUCCGAUUUGUGUGAACACGCACUCAAAAGACACUUUUUGAUUUAUCGGGAUGAUAACUGUCUCAAAUAUUGUGUAGAAAGGACCGAUAUCUUUUCCAGGGUUAAAUUCUAGCGACUCGGUUUUGUUUGAGACUGCAGUUUGAAAGUUGAAGGCAUCGCGUCAUAGACCAACCACAAACUCAAGUCAGUUGACAGGUCGCUUCCUUUUUCCGCUUAUGUAAAUAAGCAAUCGGUAUUCAUAUUCAAGCAGUCAUAUGGACGGUCAGUCAUCAUUCACUCACUCAGCUCAAACAUGAGACUGUCCUGUAGCGAUGUUGUUUUCUUCAUCAUCAUCUUCAUUAUCAGCUGUCAUGCAUUGGCUCUUAAACCACAUCUGUUAGGCAGACACAGAUUCAAGAGUUUAUUUCAUCAUCGCUCUGUCUCAUACAAAACUUUCUAUUUUGAUCAACAGAUCGAUCAUUUUGGGUUUUUGGAGAAUGGCACAUUCAAGCAGAGGUAUCUUCUCAAUGCUCAGCGUUGGCAGAAAAACGGCCCAAUCCUGUUUUACACCGGCAAUGAAGGAGACAUCACCUGGUUCUGUAACAACACUGGUUUUAUGUGGGAUGUGGCCGAGGAGCUGAGAGCCAUGCUUGUGUUUGCUGAACAUCGCUACUACGGAGAGUCCAUGCCAUUCGGAGACAAGUCCUAUAGCAAUGCAAAGUAUCUGAACUACCUGACCUCAGAACAGGCAUUAGCUGACUUUGCGGUUUUAAUCAAAGCUCUGAAAGAAAGCAUCCCGGGAGCACAGACCAGUCCGGUCAUCGCCAUUGGUGGCUCUUAUGGAGGAAUGCUGGCCGCCUGGUUGAGGAUGAAGUAUCCCAGUGCUGUCGUUGGAGCUCUUGCUUCAUCUGCUCCUAUCUGGCAGUUCAUUGUGCCUUGUGGAGGUUUUUACCAAGUGGUCACCCGUGAUUUCACUAACAGUGGUGUAAACUGUAGCAGCAACAUCAGGAAGUCCUGGGCGGCUAUUGAUGGCAUCGCAGCGACAGGUGAGGGUCUGCAGUGGCUGUCUCAGGAGUUUGGACUGUGUUCUUCUUUAAAGAGUCAAGAGGAUGUGUACGGAUUCAAGGCAUGGCUUCAGGAAACCUGGGUGAAUUUAGCCAUGGUGGACUAUCCGUAUGAAGCCAACUUCCUUCAACCGCUCCCACGCUGGCCUGUUGAGGUGGUCUGCACACAUCUCAAGUUUGACACGGGCGUAUCAGAUAAACAGCUACUGCAUGGUAUCUCUCAGGCCGUAAAGGUUUACUACAAUUACACAGGAGAGGCUCUGUGUCUCAAUACCUCACAGACUGCUACUGGGAAUCUUGGCAUCUUGGGUUGGUUCUACCAGGCCUGUACAGAGAUGGUGAUGCCGAUGUGUACAGAUGGUAUAAAUGACAUGUUUGAGCCACAACCAUGGGACUUCCAAGCCUUAUCUGAUGAGUGCUAUGCCCAGUUUGGAGUCCGGCCACGAAAAGAUUGGGCCGAAAUUGUAUUCGGUGGGAGGAACAUAAGUGCUCACAGCAACAUCAUUUUCAGCAAUGGAGAUCUUGACCCAUGGAUGAGUGGUGGAGUAACCAAAAGUAUCUCUGAAUCUCUGGUUGCCAUUAUGAUUGAUAAAGGAGCUCAUCACCUCGAUCUGCGCUACAACAACAAUUACGAUCCAGACUCGGUCAUCAAAACACGAGCCCUGGAAGUGCAGUACUUUAGAAAGUGGAUCAAAGAGGCUGGAAGGACACUAUGACCACCAGAAAUGGUCAUAUCGUAACAUACUGCACUUGAGGGAAAUUGGACAGGUUAAGAAAAACCAAAAAAUUCAGUCGUAUUGACUUCCUAUGUGCCUUGGAAGUGCUGGUUGCUUUGUGCCAAAAUUAGUUGUCUCUUGGUUGGUACUUAAAUUGAACAAAAACCGUCAAUGUUUGCAAUGUUUUUAUUGGGAUUGUUUUUUACUGUUUGUGUGUGUAAAUGAAGGAUACUGGCUUUGCAGUUUUACAUUGAAAGGAUUCAAAAAAUCCAACAACUCUCAGGGGCAAGAUUUUGCCAAAGUCAAAGUUUACCUAAUGUAUUACCCAACAUACUGAAAAUAGAAAAAUUCACAAAAAUGAAAAUACUGUUAUCAUAUCAAACAUGUCUCUUAUACAACCAAACAUGCAGUGAACACAUGAUGUAAAGCUUUAAAAAGAUUCAUUAAAGUAGUCAACGGGCUAAAUUUCAAGACUUUUGAAGCCAUAUGACACAUAUGUGACUUUAAUGAAGGUUUGCUAUUCCUUUAAGUAUUCUAUCUAAGCAUUAAGUCUUUACAUUUUUGGAGUAAUUUCCUCACUUUAGAAAUUAAACUCUUAGUGGUCACUAAAAUUAGCUGGACCUAGUAAGUGAUCUGAGAUUUUUUUUACACCAUGAUAUGAUUGUUUUUAUUAUUUUCAUAUAUAAUGACCAAUAUUCUGUUCUCUGGACAAAUGGUUUGCACUCCUGGUUGUAGUAGUAUUAUGUUUUUACUGAAAUAAUGGUUUGUGUAAAAGUGAACAUGAACCAAUCUUAACACGCAAUAAACGCAACUACAUAAAACUAUAUUUCUGUUUCUCCUCAUCUCUUUUCAAGUGUGAUUUAAUGAAAACCCAAACACAGACAACGAGCAAUAAAGUAGCUAGCAGGAGGCAUCUGGUGUAAAACAGCAGACCUGCAGGACUUCCCCAGACCUGCAUUCACUCGCUGACAGCUCCUGCCUCUUUAAAUUGCAGUACCUAGACAUUAUCUGGUCUGUGGAAAGCUGCCUCCUGCUAAUAUUAUUAUUAAUAUCACAGCUAGAGAGCAGAGAAGGAUGUUUUAUGGGAUUGGGGAAGGUCAUAGGAAGGAUGAGUGUUAAGUGAUGGAUGAUUUUCACUUUUUGUUCCCUAAACAAUCGUGUGUCAUUGAGUGUUUUGUGAUCAUUUACAUUUAUUUUAUUUGUGCUCAGUACAUUUUUUUGCCUAUACUACUAAAGUUAUUACAUAUUAACUUAAAAGUGUCAAAUGUAAUUUUUGCAGUACAAGCAUCACCAAAUAAAAU